CAUUAGUUACUCGUAGCUUCAGUAAAUGGAAAGAUCAAGUGAUAGAAACAGUGAUCUUAUUGAAAAUUUUGACAAGAAACUUUGGAGGAACAUAGAAUUUUUAGAAAUUAUUUGAACAAUUUAUAAUUGAAUUUAUAUAAAUUUUUUGUGAAAUUAUACAUUUUUGUUGAAUUUAAAAAAAACCUUCAACAUGCCUGAGUUUAUAGAAAAAUCAAAUGUGUUGCCUGCAUAUUUGUUAAAGAACAAAGCCCAAACGAACUUCGGACUCUACAACCAUAUUCGAGGAGUUAAUAUAUCCAAUGGUGACUGGUCCAACUUGACUGUGAAUGUUAAGGCAUUCGUUGAGCAAGCUGUUUCGCUUUGUCAACCUGAUCAAGUGCAUAUCUGCGAUGGCUCCGAAAUGGAGAACAAGAUACUUUUGAAGAAACUCGUCGAAACUGGAACUAUUGUGCCAUUGCCAAAGUAUGAGAACUGUUGGUUGGCAAGAACCAAUCCAGGCGAUGUGGCUCGUGUCGAAUCAAAGACAUUCAUUUGUACCGAAGAGAAACAGGAAGCUGUUACAACUCCCACCGAAGGAGUUAAAGGUACAUUGGGGAAUUGGAUUUCACCCGAUGAUAUGGAGCAAGCUGUUCAACAGCGUUUCCCUGGAUGCAUGAAGGGAAGAACUAUGUAUGUGGUGCCAUUUUCUAUGGGACCAGUUGGAUCGCCACUUUCGAAAAUCGGUAUUGAACUUACCGAUUCCGCAUAUGUGGUUGCAUCGAUGAGAAUUAUGACUCGCAUGGGAAAAGCAGUUCUUGAUCAAUUGAAGAAAUGUGAGGAAUUUGUUAAGUGUCUACAUUCAGUGGGAACUCCAGCGAAUGGAGUUGUGGAAAUGCCAUCUUGGCCAUGUGAUCCAGAGAGGACGAUUAUCCUGCAUAAACCAGCAGAAAAUUUGAUUGUUUCAUAUGGUUCAGGGUAUGGUGGGAAUUCUCUUUUGGGUAAGAAAUGUUUUGCCCUGAGAAUUGGAAGCACUAUUGCGAAGCGCGAAGGAUGGCUAGCUGAGCACAUGUUGAUUCUGGGUAUCACCAAUCCUGAAGGUCAGAAGAAAUAUAUUACAGCAGCAUUUCCUUCAGCUUGUGGUAAAACCAAUUUGGCAAUGUUGAGUCCUUCAUUGCCAAACUACAAAGUCGAGUGCGUUGGAGAUGACAUCGCAUGGAUGAAGUUCGACAGCAAUGGGGUAUUGCGUGCCAUUAAUCCAGAGAACGGAUUCUUUGGAGUUGCGCCAGGAACUUCCGUAGAAACCAAUCCGAUCGCCAUGAAUACAGUUUUCAAAAAUACUCUAUUCACAAAUGUUGCUUCCACAUCUGAUGGAGGAGUAUACUGGGAAGGAAUGGAGAGCAGUCUUGCACCUGGAGUACAAAUUACAGAUUGGCUAGGUAUGCCUUGGGAUAAGAACUCUGGCCGACCAGCAGCUCAUCCAAAUUCUCGCUUCUGUACACCAGCAUCUCAGUGUCCAAUGAUCGAUCCAGCAUGGGAGGAUCCAGAAGGAGUGCCAAUUAGUGCUAUUUUAUUUGGAGGUCGUCGUCCUGAAGGAGUGCCAUUAGUUUAUGAAGCAAAUUCAUGGGCACAUGGGGUAUUUGUGGGAGCAGCAAUGAGAAGUGAAGCUACUGCUGCAGCUGAGUUCAAGGGAAAGGUUAUCAUGCAUGAUCCCUUUGCCAUGCGUCCAUUCUUUGGCUAUAAUUUCGGUCACUAUCUGUCUCAUUGGUUGAGUAUGGAAAAAAGUGGACGCAAUCUUCCAAAAAUCUUCCACAUCAAUUGGUUCCGCAAGGGUAGUGAUGGUUCAUUUUUAUGGCCAGGUUAUGGAGAAAACUCUAGGGUCUUGGAAUGGAUUCUUAAGAGAGUUGAUGGUGAACCAUGUUAUGUUGAGUCACCAAUUGGUCGUAUGCCAACCACAGAUGGACUGAAUCUCAGUGGAAUGUCAGCACAAAUAAAUGUCAAUCAACUUUUCUCACUUGACAAGAACUUUUGGGCGGAAGAAGUUAAAGCUAUUUCAACUUAUUUUGAAACACAAGUUGGAGCAGAUUUACCACUAGCUGUGAAUGAAGAACUUAAAAGCUUAGAAAGACGUGUAGCUGAGAUGUAAGCACCAGAUAGAGAUACUUUAGAUAUAACGUCAUACCUACUUUUAAGUACCUACCUACUCUAAUACAACAGAAUUUAUGUACCAUGAAAAUAGCAUGUAAGGUUAUAAGUAUUUUUUUUUUAUUUAACAUAUUUUAUACAUAAAUGGUAUAGAUAUAUAGGAUUAUCGUUUAUUACAGUUUUAUGUUGAAACCACAAUAAAAAUGAACAUUUCAAAAUAAAUAUUUAAAAACAAAAGAAAA